AUUAAAAAAGAAAAAUCUCCAGUUGUCUCUUCUCCAUGAGAACAAUGGCCGCUCCGAGCCUGCUCCUCACUUUCACCGUGUGGCUCCUCGCUGGGAGCCUCUUAACGGAGGCGACUUAUUACCGGCACCACCGAUACAUCCCACACUUCUACCGCUACCGGGAGCAGUCCGCCAACACGGAAAACCUCCUUCCUGAGGUCUCCAACCCGGCGCCUGCAGUCACGCAACCUCGCGUGCCGACCUACCCUGAGAUUCCCGAGGUGUUCCACCCGGUGCCUGAAGUCAUCCACCCCAUCCCAGAGGCUUUCAACCCGGUGCCCGAGGUGGUGCACCCGGCACCUGAGCCUUACCACCCGCACGAGAUUCACGAGCCAGAGCCUGAAGCCUCCUCUCCUGUCAACAUGAGCCGGGUUUUCUACGGGAUCAUGUUCGACGCAGGGAGCACAGGCAGCAGGAUCCACAUCUACAAGUUCAUCCAGAAAGACCCUGGUAAGUGCACCGGCUCCCCUCUUACUCUAAACCACGAGUAGUUCUCUGCACAUGCUGCCGGCUCCCUCUCUGUCUGCUUGCUGUUAGGUCAUUCACUGUGUGGUGUAAGGACAAACAUGCACAGGCAGAGUGCAUGGGUAAUAGGCUACAGCUUCUAAAAGUAGCUGAGGUGGACUUUAAUUUGCCUGUCUGACUCAUCUGUGUUGGAAGUAGACCUCUUAAACUGGGUCAGGAUGUAGGUGAAGAGCUGCAGUCUAAAUAUCACCAGUUGUAAAAGAAGAGAUAUGCAAUUACAUGUACUUCUGCCUCCUUUUUUUAGUGGAGCUGCCAGUUCUGGAUAAUGAAAUAUACCACGCAGUAAAGCCUGGACUGUCUGCUUAUAAAGACAACCCUGAGGAGGUAUGUAUGAGUUCGUUGUUUGCUUCAUCACUUAUCAGUUAUCAGGUCUAUAAAGCAGUUGUUGACUGUCUGCAAAAACCCCAAACCACAAGGAUUUUCUUUGGGCUGGGUUCAUGCGAUGUCAGCCAUGUAUAAUCACAAAAAUGUUUGUGUGGAUGCUGCCCAAUCCUGUUUUCUAAAGACUGAUCAGUGAUGAAAUCGUGCAGUUUGAUUAAGAAAUCUCCAUCUGAUGUCAUCUUUUCUUCAGGGUGGCAACACCAUCCGUCAGCUGCUAAAGAUUGCCAAGAAGACAGUGCCAGAGGAUGACUGGAAGAGGACCCCGGUGGUCCUGAAGGCAACAGCAGGUCUGCGCCUGCUGCCUGAAGACAGGGCCAACGCUAUUCUGAAAGAGGUGAGGCACGUUUCUCCCUGUCUUUCUGUCUCUCUUUCUGCCCUCAGACAGUUUGGCACAAACACCGCCUGUCCCGCCACGGAACGGGAUGAGAAACCACUAAGUGCUUACAAGUGUCACAGAAAAAAAGAAAAAGGCAGCAGCUCUGCCCAUUUGGUGGCUAUCGUGUUGCAAAAAAACAGCUGUUGUGGGGUUGUGUGGAGUAACCAUAUUUGUCAUUUAAAGUAUUAAAUUCAGGCUUCUGUUCCAGCCAUGCUUGUGGUUGAGUUAUCUGUCAAUCUAAAACUAAGAAGGCACAGUUUGUCUCCUGCAGCUGAAACACACCAUGUGAAGCUUUAACACACUCACAGUAAAUGUUUCAAUUGAACGAGGGUUUAUGUCUUCCACAGGUAAAAGACGUGUUCAACGAGUCCCCUUUCUUUGUGCCAAACAACAGUGUUUCCAUCAUGAAUGGGACGAAUGAGGGUAGGUUAUCUACGACUUCUUUGCAAACAUUUAUUCUGCAGCGUAAUACACAAAACACAGUGAGUUUGGUGUGUUUCUGACCCAGAUAGUGUGUGACCAGGUGCCUCAAUUACUGAGGAUGUUUUAAACAAAGCUGCUCUCAUAAUUAUUUUUACAAGAGGUUUGUCCCUCAUUGAGGCAAAUAAAUGUGUCAGUGUGAGCUGCCGUCCCACACCCAAUAAUUUAGAGCAAUCCCCCACAUCACUCAUUAAGACAACUUCACUAUGCCAUGUUUCAUCAUACAGUUAUUAUCUACACUUUAUGAGAGCAAUAACUUCACAUCUGAGGCAAUUGUAAUUACCUGGGCUGGCUCUAGACCAAGUUUGCUAAUUAAGUAUUACCCUCAGAGGAAACCUGAAGUCAUCUCUCGUUCUAAGUUUAGUCUUUGAGGUCAACGAGUUUCAGCUGUAUCAUAAUCAGACUAAUGCAGACAUUUUCCCCUCCUAUGCUGUUUCAGGAGUCCUCGCUUGGGUCACAGUGAACUUCCUAACAGGUAAGACAUGACUUGUGUUUUGCUAUGUUGGUGUUAGUGGUCAGGAGGCUCCAUAUCUGAGGCUCUAGUGUACACAGAAACACGACAGCAAGAGACUCUUGUCUCCUGUCUGAGGUUGUAAGAUUGAAUCACUGGCCCCAAACAGGUUGUAAAAACAAGCAAUAUUUCCUCUAGUUUUUUUUUUCACACAAUUAUGGCAACAUCCCGUUUAUUUUAAACAACGGCCUGAAGCAUCCAACCGAAAGGGUAUUUCCCCUCGUAGUAGGGAAAAAUGAGCUGUAAGCAUACACACGUCUGACACCAGUGCUCAUAAAAGUUAUAAAUUGAUCUCCUAAUUGUGUUGACCAGUUUAUCUUUGGGUCUAUUUUACACAGGUCACUUGUACUCCAACACAAAGAGGACAGUGGGCAUCCUGGAUUUGGGUGGAGGAUCUACACAGAUUACUUUCCUCCCCAAGUCAAGGGUAAACCGAUUAAUCUAUGGGGUGAUGACAUCUUUCUGAAACUGCUUUGACUUUGACCACACAAACACUAAACAACUGUUUUUCAUCCGACAGAAAACAGUCGACUCUGCUCCUCCCAGUUACAUCGCCAAAUUCAACCUCUUUGACAGUACAUACCAGCUCUACACACACAGGUAAAUAAGACUCAGAGAGGCUCUUUUCACCACAGAUUUGGUUUGCCCACAGAAGAACAAAAAACGACACCCUUUUAUUAAAAAAUGGGCAUUCAUUUUAUUUCAUUAUCAUCUAGCUACCUUGGAAAUGGCCUGUUUGCAGCUCGAUUGGCAACUCUUGGAGCACUGGGAGCUGAUGGUAAGUUUCUCAAGCUUUCAAUCACUUUUCUCUUUGUGCCAUUCUGCUAUUAAGAAAUCGCAAACACUUUUUUUCCCCCUGCCCUUUUCCCCCUCAGGUCUUGAUUGGAAGAUUUUCACAAGUUCCUGUCUACCGAAAAAGUUCAGAGAAGAUGUGACUUUUGGAGGAGACACCUACAAAGUUAGCGGGAUUCCAGACGGUAAGAUAAAAGCAGCCUGAGGUUUUGAUUCCCUUCCCAGUACCUUGGGUCCAGCAAUCCGUGCAUUCCUUUCCCUCACUCUGGAACACAAUAGAGUACAGUAUGAUACAGUCUCACAAGAGAACAUUUUUGCGCUGUAGUUUCUGUAACCUUGGCGCCAAACUCAUGUUUUGUCAUCCUCUCUUUCUCUCUUUUGCUUUCUCUCUCAGUCCUCCCUCUUGAACAAUUAUACUGCAGUCAACCUUGUAUUUAAACGAAAAGAAAACUGUCAGUUAACUUCACAAAUAAGGCAGUCACUCCCAUACCACAGUCAAGUAGCCAAAAGAUGCUGGGCUUGUCCCUGAGUUGUUAUUUUUUUUUAUGUGUAACGAGUGGCUUGAUCUGGACCGCUCACAAUUAUGUGGUAAAAAUAGACAGCCCAACAGAGCUGCGCUAACUGCUGCUCUUGUCAGCACAUGGUUUUGCCGGCACAACUGAACAGACCAUACUCAUGGGGCCGUGUAAAACUUGUCCUUCUGGGGCUUCCCUUGUAUAUUAUAUGGUGAGCCCCCAGCUUCAGCCCAUGACUGACCUCAAACCGAGGCUCCAGACUGGUCUCAUCGCAUUCCAACCAUCGCUGGCUCUGAGCACCUUCAACUCAUUGUUAGCUCCAUCAUUUCCAAUAAAAGUCAGUUCUUUUUUCUUUUCACUAAACCACGUGUACAUUUUCUUUCUCUCUCCUCAGGCUAUGCAGGCUAUAAGCUGUGCUACUAUGAGGUCAUGAAGGUAAUCAAAGGAAAAGUGCACCAGCCGUAUGAAGUGAAAGGCAGCAGCGUCUUCUAUGCUUUCUCCUACUACUUUGACCGAGCGGUGGAGUCUGGUCUUAUAGGUGAGUGGGCACAGACCAAACAGUCACCAUGCUUCCAGUGCCAUUAUCUCUCAGGGUAAUUAUCAUCUUUUGCAGAAAAUGAGCUAUUCAAAUUGCAUGUUGCAUGUUUUCUCUCCACAGAUGGCAGCCGAGGUGGUGUGGUUGAAGUCAGGGAUUUCAAGAAGAAAGCCAAGGAAGGUAAGAGUUACAUGUUCUCCUCUGGAGGGUUGGAUAAGCUUGCAUACCGAACCGACAAUUUUACAAGUUGCAUUUAUGUUUCAGUUCUCCAACGUUUAAAUCAUUAUGGGACUGAUUUCAUGCAGUGAAAAGACAAAAUCACUAAGCCUUUAAGGGUGCAAACAAGAGGCUAAUCUGCUCAAAAUUGGUAUAUCUUUUGGAUUUAUCAGGUAAAUGUACUGCACUUUAGAAAGUAUAAAUCAUUAUUCAGUGGAAGCAUAUCAAGCUUAUCAACUCAGGUGAUACCCAUGAUGUCUCUGUUGAUCCAAAUUCAUAGCAAGUAGGACCAUGGUUGGGGUGUUAUAUAAGACUGUUUGUGUUGUGAGAACACUGUCACAUGGUCUCGAGGAACAGCUCUGGCUCAGGCCAAGCUGGCAGCUGAGUAGAAGACGUCUGUCUGCUGCCUCGGCAGCAGGGCACCUGACAGCCACACACCACCUGACACUUACUGAAACGCACAAACUGUGAGCUAGGCAACCCACCCACACCCGCAGCCUUGUGCUGACCCUCGGCCAUUCUCCUUGCACCUCCCUGUUUAUUCAGCCAAACAAAACAGAAAGGUCAUCUUUUAAUCAUGUAGCACAGGGGUUAGAAAAGGUGGGUUUUUUUAAACAUUGAACAAUACUCUGUUGUGAUGCAGUGAGGACACUGUGAAAUAGUUCCCUUUCAGUGACAUCUUAAACCUGUGUUAAUGUUGGAAACCUGUGUUUUUGUGUUGACAGUGUGCAACAAAAUGACCAAAUACCGUGCAAUCAGCCCCUUCCUCUGCAUGGAUAUGACAUAUAUCACCUGUCUGCUAAAAGAGGGCUUUGGCUUUAAAGACAGCACUGUGCUGCAGGUGAGUAAAUCAGAACCAGGAUACCAAAUAUGCAAAGCAACACUAAUGUUCGGUCUUCAAAAGGCUUAAACACUACUUUUCAAACCAAUGUGACUGCGGGUGUGGGAAAAAGCUUCUUUCUUAAUGGAGAUCUUUCUGUCACUCUCUUCAACAGCUGGCCAAAAAAGUAAACAAUGUGGAGACGAGCUGGGCCCUAGGAGCAACCUUUGACUACUUCAGAAACCUCAACAUCCACUAAGGACAGCUUGCUGUCACUGCAGCCAGCACUGAGAGGGACAGUCUGUCACUGUUGGGGCGUCUUGUCCUCCGUCCACCCUCCAUUGGCCCGUCCCCCUCACAGACACACCUAGCCCCCCUUCUCCUCCUGUCCUCAACCUCAGCACCCAAGAACUGUUGAAAAGAAGAGAAAUCACUAUAUUUUUCUAAGGCC